AUGGGGCGGUCCAAAGGACAGGAAGAACUGGUGGAUGUGAACUUUGGAGGAGGUUAUCAGCUCCAGCCACCCUGUGCCACCGAUAUCAGCAACAGACAAGCUGGGGUUGACAGGAAGCAACCCACAAAGGCAGGCAAGAUGCUGUUUCCAAAGCAAAGGGAAGAGAAGGAGAUAGAGAUUAUCAUGGGGACCCAGGGCCACAUCUCAAAGAGUCUCCUGCUCUCAGCUUCAAUCCUGGCACUCUGGAUGCCCCAAGACUCCCAGGCAGCCCUCCAUAUCCAGAAGAUUCCAGAGCAGCCUCAAAAGAACCAGGACCUUCUUUUGUCUGUUGACGGUGUCCCAGACACCUUCCAGGACGUUAACUGGUACCUGGGGGAGGAGACCUCUGGAGGUACAAGGCUAUUCACCUAUAUACCUGGACUACAGCGGCCCCAGAGGGAUGGCAGUGCCAUGAAACACCGAGACAUUGUGGGCUUCUCCAAUGGCUCCAUGCUGCUGUGACGUGCCCAGCCCACAGACAGUGGCACCUAUCAAGUAGCCAUCACCAUCAACCCUGCCUGGACCAUGAGGACUAAGACUGAGGUCCGGGUGGCAGGCCUUGCCCACUCCUGCACCUCUGCAGCCAAGGCCAGAGAACCACCAGUACCAGGACCUGCUACAUCCAGACCCUUCUCCCUACUGCCAGCUGGUGCCAACUUCCUGAAGGGGCCCCAGCUGGGCCAGCUGAAAAUGAGGCCUCAGCCCUCCUCUGGGAGCCUCAUACCAACAGAAAGACACAUCCAAGACCAGCAGGACAAGGCCAUCAGGAGAUAUGGGUCUGAUGUGAUGGACUCGGCCAAAGACUCAGCAUCGCAUGGGGCAGUCACCCUGAGAGUCCCUUGCCCUGGGAACAAGACAGCCCACCCCACCAUCUAG